UACUCCCUUUCCACGGCCCCUCACAGAAGGCAAAACAGAGCACACUGCUUCUUCUGCUUCUGCUUCUGCUUCUGCUUCAUCUCCCCCUGCAAAUCAUGGUCAGACCGCAGCAGCGCUACCACGGCGUCCGCCAACGCCACUGGGGCUCUUGGGUCUCCGAAAUCCGCCACCCCCUCUUGAAGACGAGGAUUUGGCUCGGAACUUUCGAGACGGCGGAGGACGCGGCGCGCGCCUACGACGAGGCCGCUCGGCUCAUGUGCGGGUCGCGCGUGCGGACCAACUUCCCCGGCGGUUCGCCGCCGAAGACCAACUACUUGUCCGCCGCGCUCACCGCGAAGCUCCACCGCUGCAACUCGGCGUCGCCGCAACCCUCUGGCCAGCCUAAGGAUGCCUGCCGAGGUCGGCCGGCGUCCAACGGCCGCGAGACGUCCGUCUUCGCCGAUGGCCUGCCGAAGCAGGAGGAGUGCGAUCGCAAUGAGGUUGAGUUCCGCUGCUUGGAGGAGAAUCAAAUAGAGCAGAUGAUAGAGGAGCUGCUCGAUUCUGAUCUCUGCAUGGAGAUCUGCUACACUUCUCUGUGAUCAAUCUAUGCAUUAUCAGAUUAAUUAGUUGUUGUACAGCUUCUGUCGAUAUCUAAUUGUUAGAGCACAUUAGUUGAAAUUAUUGCUUGCUUAAAAGUCUUAUGUACGCUGUACGCAUUCCCUUUUCAGAUCUUGAAAUAUAUUAUAGCAGUGGAACUUCUCUCCGUUAUCUAAUCUUCUAUGGUUUUUCACAAA